AUGCCUCCAAGGGCUAAUCCUCCUCGGGCCGCAAAGUCAAACGGCAAAGCGGAAAGCAAGAAAGGCGGAAAACGCAAGAAAGAUGACGAGAAUGGAGAUUCAGAGGCAACCCCUCCAAAAAAGAAGACAAAAGCACCAAUCCCACAAGUUCUGAACGAGGAAGAACUUGCAGCCGAUCUCAGUACCGAUUAUUCGAGGAAAAGGAAAAAGCUUAGGCCACAAAUGCCCAAAAAACAAGAAUGGGGAAUAGUAAAAGGUAUUAUCAUAGAGCGGGAGAAUGCACCUAAAGGCUGGAACCCAGAUGAACCUGAUCUGAUGUCCGACGACUUCGCAUCUCAGAUCGAUCGGUGUCUUGAGCGAAUCGGACAGAAUAUCAUGCCUCAUGAUCUCAAAAUUAUUUUGGCUUGGCUUGUGGCGGGAAAUGAUGUACACAAAAUGGUCGAUACGGUAAAAACCAUCAUGGAGCAGUAUCGAUCAGGUGAAUUGGAUUGGCAUCCGGACUUCAUCACCUACUGGCAUGCUGGCGUGCAGCUCUGCCUGCCGAGACCUUUCCACUGGGAGGAAUACCGCUAUAUUCAUGACAAAUAUCAGGGACAUGGAGGAUUUUGGGUCGAAGGUAUUUUCGGGCUUGGGCCUGGAAUUAGCAAGACUUCGAUGGUUUGCCAACCCGACCCGCUUUUAAAUGCCACAAUGGUACGAUUUAGCCUUCGAAUCCCGCAGGAUCCGAUACCCAGAGAUGGAGCUCCAGUCCCACCACCACCCAGACCACCGUGCUAUGAAUUUCCCUUUAUGGAUGAUACUGGGUCCACACACAUGAGCGUAUUCGAAGACGAUAUUGACAUUCUUCGGACUGAUGCAAGGAAUGGAAACAUCUACCCCCUCCCCCGAUGCCUAGGUGUUGGAGUACUGUAUGUCGCGGAUGGGAGACAGGUCCCAACGCUAUUUAGAGAAUUCGAGGUCAACAUGUGGAGUACAGAUGAAUCAGGCUGGAUGGCCCCUAACUGGGAGGCAAUACCGGCUUCUAUCCAGCCCGGUAGAUCAACAAGGGCUGGUCACGAUCGAUUGAGUGGAUCAUGGCUGCGACACAGGUUCUACACAGGAACUUGUCCCGACCAGUCAAUGCGUCUUUGGGUUUUUAACUAUAACCCCGGCCAGCCACAAGGUCAGAGGACUCUCCCUACUGCGUCUGCGGCACAGUUGACUGCGCCGUUCCGAACUGGACGGCUUCAUCCCGUUACAGACUUUCCUCAUCUUGAUCCAACUCUUGCAACAGGGCAAAGUUUGAUCUAA